UGUCCAAAGAUGAUGAAGGAUCAUCUGUUGAUCAAACUCUAUACAAAAGUAUGAUUGGUAGUCUUUUAUAUCUCACUGCUAGUAGACCUGACAUUUGCUUUAGUGUUGGAUUGUGUGUCAGGUAUCAGGCUGCCCCCAAGGAAUCACAUAUGAAAGCAGUCAAGCAUAUCAUAAAGUACAUUGGAGGUACAACCGAGUAUGGUUUAUUCUACUCUGCUGAUACGAACUUACAUCUUGCAGGUUAUUGUGACGCUGAAUGGGCUGGAAAUCUUGAUGAUCGAAAAAGCACCUCUGGUGGGUGUUUUCACAUAGGAUCAAACUUGGUAUCUUGGUUUUGCAAGAAACAAAACUGCAUCUCCCUUUCUACUGCUGAAGCCGAGUACAUUGCCGCUGGAAGCUGCUGCUCUCAGUUGGUAUGGAUGAAACAGAUUCUAUCUGAGUAUGGUAUGAACGUUCAGUCGGCUCAACUUUUCUGUGACAACACUAGUGCUAUAAAUAUUUUGAAAAAUCCUAUCCAACAUUCUCAUGUGAUGAUUGCAUCUCUAAAGGAGGAGAUGGCUAAGGCUGAGGCCACCUUGAAAGAGAAAAUUUUAGAACGAGAUGCGUAUCUCGAAAAAUCACAGAACGAAGUGACCAUGUUGUCUGAGGAGAAGAAGUCCCUCCAAGCCGAGGUGGAGGAACUCAAAGUGCGCCUAGCUUUUACCGAACAACAUUCUAAGGUGCUGGAAACCAAAGCUGAAGAGGUAGAGAAAAAGCUGUUGGAGGAGCGGGCCGAGCAUGAAGCAACUCGUAAGGAGUGUGCCGAGGUCCGCGAACUGGUAGGCCGACAACGGGAUGCACAUCAGGCCGAGAUGGCCAAACUUGAGAAAGAAAAGUCAUCCUACGGCGAAAACAUGUAUGAAAUCGGCUUUCAAGUUGGAAAGGACUCAAUUCCUGAGGCGGAAGCUGCUCAGGCUGGUGAAGAGGAAGUCGCAGGCGAGGCUGGCGUCGAAGUGGGAGAAGAAGUCGGCCCAGAUCUGGAACUUGAGAUGAACACCUGUCUAACACUUUGGUGGGUUAUCGAGCAGUACAACGCGGGUUAUUACGACAUUGAUGAACUCCGUUUCUUCCUGUUCCACAAGCUUGAAAAAUAUGGCUUUGAUACGGAGAUAAAAGGGAUGCAUAUAGAAGCUUAUGAAGAUGAACAAGAGUUCUGUGAAUGGAUGCUCCGUCAGGCUGAAGAA